AUGACUACAAUUCAUAUUAUGAAUGAAGAAAUAAUUCAAAAAUUAAGUUCAGGAUGUGUUGUUAUUGAUUGUGAAAGUGUUAUUAAAGAAUUAGUUGAAAAUGCAAUAGAUUCAGGAGCUACAAUAAUUAAUAUAAAAUUAAAUAAUUAUGGUCUUGAUAGUAUUAUUGUAGAAGAUAAUGGGAGUGGAAUUAAUGAAGAAAAUAUGGAAUUAUUAGGAAAAAGACAUUGUACAUCAAAAAUUAAUAAUAUAGAAGAACUUACUAAAGUUAAUACAUAUGGAUUUAGAGGAGAAGCAUUAUAUUGUAUAUCAAAUAUGGGAGAAGUUGAAAUAAUUAGUAGUGAAGGAAAAGAAAUUGGAAAUUCAAUUCAAUUAACAACAAGAAUUAAAAAAAGAGUUACAAGAAAACAAGGAACAACAAUUAUAGUUAAAAAAUUAUUUAUGAAUAAUAAAAUAAGAAGAGAAGAAUUUAUGAGAAAUAAAAAUAAAGAAUUAAGUAAAAUAAUAACAUUAAUUCAAAAUUAUGCAUUAAUGUUAAUUAAUAUUAAAAUAAUUCUUAUUCAUCAAUUUAAAAAAUCAAAUAAUAUUUUACUUCAAAGUAAUGGUAAAUCAUUAAAAGAAAAUUUAUAUAAUUUAUUUAAAAUAGAUGCAAAAGAUGUUACUAUUCCUAUUGAAAUUGAAGAAAAUGGAAUUAAAAUUUCAGGAAUUGUAUCUAAUUUUAUAGAUAAAGGAAGAACUAAUAAUGAUAGAAUUUUUUUAUUUGUAAAUAAAAGACCAAUUGAACAUAAAAAAUUACAACAAAUUAUUAUACAACAAUGGAGAUCAUUAGGUAUUUCAUUUAAAAGAAAAUAUCCUACUGUAAUUUUAAAUAUUUUAGUUGAUGAAUAUGAUCCUAAUGUAUCUCCUGAUAAAAGAAAAGUAUUUUUUAUAAAUGAAGAUAAUGUUCUUAAAUUAAUGGAAAAAUGUAUUAGUUCAGUUUGGUCAACUGAAUUAUUAGAACAAAAUAUUCCAACUAUUAAUAAUGAUAUUUCUUAUUCUACUUCAAGUAUUAUUGAAAAUACUUCUCCAAUUAAAUCAUUUAAUAUUUCUUUCUUACCUCAAUCAACUCAAAAUUUAAUAAAUCAAAGAAAACAAAAAAUAAUUUCACAAAAUAUUUUUGAUAAAGAAGAUAUUAAUAAUAAUCAAAUUGUUAAUGAAAAACAAAAAGAAAAACCUUUAAUAACUAUUCAUCAAUUAAAAAAUGAAAAUGAAAGUAUAGAAGAUGAAAUUAUAUCUUCUUCUAUCAUUAAUACUAAUAUUUUACAACAAAAAAAAAAUAUUCAAAAUAAUAUAAAUGAAAAUCAAAAUGAAAUUUCAGAAAUUGAAAAUAAAGAAGAUGAUAAUGAUGAAUGGGAUGAUAUUUUAAAAGAUGAAAGUUCAUUAGAAAACUCAUUACAAAAAAUUAGAAACUUUUCAUCUAAAUUAAAUGAAAAAAAAAAUUCAGAAGAAAAAGAAUUAGAUGAAAGAAAAGUUAUAUUAAAAGAAGAAAAAGAUGAUUAUAAAAAGAUUAAAGAAAAAGGAAUUAAUGAAGAAGAAUAUGAAAUAGAAAAAAAAGAAAUUAAAGAAAUUGAAGAAAAGAAAAAAAAUCUUAUUAGACAAAAAACAGAAGAAAGAAUGAAUAAAAUUAAUAAUACUAUUAUAAUUUCAGAAAAAAUUAAUGAAGAAAUAGAAAAAGAAAAUAAUUUAAAAAAACAAAUAAAAAAAGAUGAUGAUAAAAAAAUAAUAAAUAUAAGAAAUAAAAAAUUAAAUAAAAAAGAACAAGAAGAAAUAAAAGAAAAUAAAGAAUUAAAUUAUAAAGAAUCAACAUCAAUUUCAGAAGAAUUUAAUGAAAAAAUUUUAGAAGAAGAAGAAAAAGAAAAUAAAGAAAAUAAAGAAGAAAAUAUAAAAAUUAAUAUAGCUAGUAAUAAAUUAAUUAUUGAACCAAUUGAAUUAAAAAGAAUUGUAGAACAUAUGAUUUUAUGUCAUAAAGAUUAUCCAAUAUGUCAACCAGAAAGAACAGAAGAAGAUAUAUUAAAAAUACCAAGAAAAAUGAAAAAAACAACACUUGAAGAAAUUGAAAUUAUUGGACAAUUUAAUAAAGGAUUUAUUAUUGGAAAAUUAGGAUAUGAUUUAUAUAUUAUUGAUCAACAUGCAGCAGAUGAAAUUUAUAAUUAUGAAACAUUAUUAAAAAAAGAUAAAUUAAGUGUUCAAACAUUAAUUAGUCCAUUACAAGUAACAAUGAGUUGUGAUGAUGAAAUAUUUGUUCAAGAAAAUAUAGAACUUUUUACACAAUUUGGAUUUGAAGUAAUUUUUAGAGAAGAUAAAGAAGUAACACAAAGAGUAUUUCUUACUAAAGUUUAUCAUAGAGGAAAAAAUUUUUUUGGAAUAAAUGAAUUUAGUGAAUUAGUUCAACAAUUAAAAGGAUGUAGAAAUGAUAUGAAAGUUAUUGUUAAAAAAAAACAUAAAAUUUUUGCUACAGAAGCAUGUAGAAUGAGUAUUAUGAUUGGAGAUUCAUUAGGAAGAGAAGAAAUGAAAAAAAUAAUAAAAAGAUUAGUUGAAUUAAAUAAACCAUGGCAUUGUCCACAUGGAAGACAAACUAUUAGACAUCUUUGGGAUUUAAGAAGAUCAUUUAAUGAAAUUUCAAAAGAAACAAAAUAA